UUUUGCCUCAUCUGUUCUUCGCUCCCCUCCCUUCUCUUUCUUUUCUCCCCUCCCUUCCUCGUCCUCCUCUUUUUAUUUUCUUCUCAGACAGACAAAGAUCCCCCGUUUUCUCCCCUCGCUUCUUCGUCUUCUUCUUUUUCUUUUAUCUUCUCAGACAGACAAAGCUCCCCCGUCGCUAACUUCGUCCGAGUCGAACAUGGCCCAUAGAUUGCUUAGAGAUCUGGAGGCCGAUGGCUGGGAACGUUCCGACUUUCCAAUCAUCUGUGAGUCCUGCCUCGGCGACAACCCCUACGUUCGAAUGACAAAAGCAGACUUUGAUAAGGAGUGCAAGAUUUGUACACGGCCAUUCACAGUUUUUAGGUGGAGGCCUGGUCGUGAUGCCAGAUUUAAAAAAACUGAGAUUUGCCAGACAUGCAGUAAGUUGAAAAAUGUUUGCCAAGUCUGCCUUCUGGAUCUCGAAUAUGGUUUGCCAGUUCAAGUCCGAGACACUGCUCUUUCCAUCAAUUCCAAUGAUGCCAUUCCCAAGAGUGAUGUGAAUAGGGAGUAUUUUGCUGAGGAGCAUGACCGCCGGGCCAGAGCAGGGAUUGAUUAUGAAUCAUCAUAUGGAAAGGCUCGCCCAAAUGACACCAUUCUGAAGCUUCAAAGAACAACACCUUACUACAAAAGAAACAGAGCGCAUGUCUGCAGUUUUUACAUAAGGGGUGAAUGCACGCGAGGUGCUGAGUGCCCGUACCGACAUGAGAUGCCUGUAACUGGGGAAUUGUCACAGCAGAAUAUUAAAGAUCGUUACUAUGGAGUGAAUGAUCCGGUUGCACUGAAGCUACUCAACAAGGCAGGAGAGAUGCCAUCUCUGGAAGCUCCUGAGGAUGAGAGCAUUAAAACUCUCUAUGUUGGUGGGCUUAAUGAAAGGGUCACCGAGCAGGAUCUGAGGGACAACUUCUAUGCUCAUGGUGAAAUUGAAUCCAUAAGGAUGGUGCCCCAGCGAGCUUGUGCUUUUGUAACCUACACAACCAGAGAAGGCGCGGAGAAGGCUGCAGAAGAGCUCUCAAACAAAUUGGUCAUAAAAGGCCUGAGACUGAAGCUAAUGUGGGGUAGACCUCAAGCACCAAAACCAGAGUCAGAAGGCGCAGACGAAGCAAGGCAGCAGGCGGCAGUGGCCCAUAGUGGGAUGUUGCCUCGGGCAAUUAUAUCCCAGCAGCAGGGCCAAUUACAGCCACCUGGCAGUCAGGCCCAAAACCAACCGAUGCAUUACUUCAAUAUUCCUCCACCUCCGCCUCAGCAGGAGAGAACCUUUUACCCAUCAAUGGAUCCUCAAAGAAUGGGCGCCCUUAUUCCAUCCCAUGAGGGUACUUCUAAUGGGCCCUCAGGGUCAGGUGAGAACAAAUCUGGUCCAGAGAAGCAGCAACAAGCCCAGCAUUAUCCUUUUCAAGCUAUGCCGCCACCACAUGGGCAAUAUCAUCAGCAGUUCUAUCCCCCAUAUGGAUAUAUGCAGCCAAUGCCUCCUUAUCAGCAAUAUCCUCCACCAUAUCAUUCGGGAAUGCCACCUCCACAGCCUCCACCUGCAAACCAGCCUUAUCAGCAUUCUGCGCCUUCUGUUUCUCACCCUGGGUCUGCACCACCAGCAUCCACUGCGCACACAGGUUCUACACCACCAGGAUCUGCACAACAGGGGUCCAGACCUUCUGGAUCUGCACCUCCGGGGUCUGGACCUUCGGGGUCCUCUACACCAGGGUCAUCGCAGCAGUGAAACUAUUUUUUCCUGUACUGUUUUUAGCUUUGGGAUAUAUGAAACGUACUUCUCAUAAAGUUGACUGUAACUUGCUCGCAUCCAGGAUACAAAUAUAUUUUUGCUUGCGGUUGCGAGUGAGUCUAUAUUCAAGAGUUGUAUUAUUUCUUGUCUCAGGAUUUGUGCAUUAUAACUAUGGAUUUCUCCGGUUUUGUUGUCUUCCA